AUGUUUAUCUAUCUAUCUAUCUAUCUAUCUAUCUAUCUAUCUAUCUAUCUAUCUAUAACAGACAUUCAUUUGUCUCUCUCCCUCUCUCUCUCUCUGCCUAGUGAACGUAAUGUAUCCUCAGUCAGUCCAUGUUUAUCUAUCUAUCUAUCUAUCUAUCUAUCUAUCUAUCUAUCUAUAACAGACAUUCAUUUGUCUCUCUCCUCUCUCUCUCUCUCUCCUCGUGAACGUAAUGUAUCCUCAGUCAUGUUUAUCUAUCUUUAUCUAUCUAUCUAUCUAUCUAUCUAUCUAUCUAUCUAUAACAGACAUUCAUUUGUCUCUCUCCCUCUCUCUCUCUCUCUCUGCCUAGUGAACGUAAUGUAUCCUCAGUCAGUACAUGUUUAUCUAUCUAUCUAUCUAUCUAUCUAUCUAUCUAUCUAUCUAUCUAUAACAGACAUUCAUUUGUCUCUCUCCCUCUCUCUCUCUCUGCCUAGUGAACGUAAUGUAUCCUCAGUCAGUCCAUGUUUAUCUAUCUAUCUAUCUAUCUAUCUAUCUAUCUAUCUAUCUAUCUAUAACAGACAUUCAUUUGUCUCUCUCUCUCUCUCUCUCUCUGCCUAG